GACGUUACCCCGCUUGGCCGGGUAGGGAACCGGUGUGCUCUUGCAACGACUUCAGCCAGAAUUUGAGCUGAGAGGCCUUAGGGCAAGUCUUUGAAGUUGUACAAAGGAAGCGGAAAGAAAAUAACCUUGAACAGUCUGCAGAGAACUGCUGGACCUGAGCAGGAAUCAGCUAGUGAGCCACUCUGCAGUGGCAAUCACAUGACUCUGCCAAUCACCAGCUGUGUUCAACUUGGCCGCUGCAGCUCCAAGCAGGUCUCUCUGUGCUCCAUUAUACAGAACUCAUCACCCAGAGAUAACAACAUGCCUGUGAAAAAAAAAAGAAAAUCCACUGCAACAGAAGAACUGAACCUGAAAAAAUGUAGAAUUACUAGUUAUUGCAGAUCACAAGCACCAGGAAGACUAAUAAGCGAAGAUGACUUAUUUUCAAGCAAGAAGUGCCUGGCCUGGUUUUAUGAAUAUGCAGGUCCUGAUGAAAUUGUAGGGCCUGAAGCUAUGGAAAAAUUUUGUGAAGAUAUUGGUGUAGAGCCUGAAAAUAUCAUUAUGUUGGUUCUAGCAUGGAAACUAGAAGCUGAAAGCAUGGGCUUUUUUACCAAGGAAGAAUGGUUAAAAGGAAUGUCUUCUUUACAGUGUGAUUGCACAGAAAAGUUACAGAGUAAAUUUGAUUACCUACGUGCCCAACUGAACGAUAUAACAGCUUUUAAGAAUAUUUACAGAUAUGCCUUUGAUUUUGCAAGGGACAAGGACCAGAGAAGUCUUGAUAUUGAUACAGCAAAAUCCAUGCUGGCACUCUUGCUAGGUAGAACGUGGCCUCUGUUUUCAGUAUUUUUCCAAUAUCUUGAGCAAUCAAAAUACCGAGUUAUGAACAAAGACCAGUGGUACAAUGUGUUAGAGUUCAGCAGAACUGUUCAUGCAGACCUUAGUAACUAUGAUGAAGAUGGUGCCUGGCCUGUCCUUCUUGAUGAAUUUGUCGAGUGGCAAAAGGUUCGUCAAACAUUAAAGCAACAUUAAUUCCUUUUGAUGGAAAAUACAGACUUUUAUUUGCCCUUCAAGUCAAAAUGAGAGAGAUUUGAAGAGUACUCUUCCAUCUUUGCCUGAUUUUUUAUUUUUUAUUUUUUAAUAAAGAAACUGAAGCCUUCUUGCUACACAUGAUGGGCAGUGAUCUGCAUCAGACUGAACAAUGGAUUUGCUCUUUGUUUUAUGGUGUUUACACUUAUUUUACAUCAAAGCUCUAAGUUGUUCUGCGUUUAUUAAGGUUCAAAUCAAAGCCCUGUUUCGAUCUUAAUUGUUGUGCAUUUAUUUUUUUGGCCAAGCAUUAAUUUGUUUUAAAAGAUUAAGUCAAUGGUUCCUAAUUCCUGUUAUAUGACCUAGUACAUAUCUUCAUUGUCGCUGUCUGCAUUUUCAAUCUGGUUAAAGGGAGAGGAAACCCCAACUUUUUCUUUCAUUAUUUGGAUAGAACUUAAAAUUUUAAACAACUUUCCAAUUUACUUCUAUUAUCAAAUUUGCUUCAUUCUCUUGUUAUCCUUUUCUUACGAAAAAGUAUUGGACUACAGGCAGCUAGCUGGACACAUCUAGUCAGCCAAUCACAAGAGUCAAAUGUGUGCUGGCACCAAUCACUAGCUCCCACUAGAGAGGAUAUGUGCAUAUUCUUUUUCAACAAGGGAUACCAAGAGAACAAAGCACAUUUGAAAAUAGAAGUGAAUUUAAAAAUGUUUUAAAAUGAAAUGCUCUAUCUGAAUCAUGCAAGUUUAAUUUUGACUUUCCUAUCCCUUUAAAUAUGGCUUUCAUUGUAACUUUGCAUCUUUAGUACUUCUUUUGUACUGUAAUUAUUAUUUCUAUGGCAUUACUCCUUUGUCCCGUUUCAAACAGACACAGCGUUGUAUUACCAGGGAUUUCUGCUUUAAAACAAAGGCUAUUAUUUUUCCCGGGAUCAGACAUUUAUUAUUGUAACACAUCUUCUGUGUUUGUGUUUGUAGAUAAAGUUAUCCAAUCUAGACAAAAAAAAUACACCUAGUAAUGAAGCAUUUGCCGUUAUAGUGUCUGGCUGUGGGAAUUGGUCUACAUGGAUGUGUGCUGCCUAGUAAUACCAAGAUAAAUAAUAGGUCUUGCAGAGUUUUGACCCAUUCACUUUAAUUGCUAAACAACCAGUCAACCUAUUACUAGAUAUUUGAAACCAUUGGAUUCAACUGUUUUUUUGUCCUUAAAUAUUCUUUAUUUACAUGUUUUGGAUAUAUUUUUCCAAAUUGUUUCACUUAAACUUUUAUUAAAUUAUCUUGCCAUAUUUUUAUUUCAAAAUACAGAUAGCUAAAAAGUCUUCUGCAUUUUCAGUAUACAAAUAUUUACAUUGUUGAUGUAUACCAUGCCCCAUUGCUUGGUGGUGGGCAACAAAUUUGCUGCAUCAAAGUAUUUAUUUGCUUUCACUUGCACAUAAGUUAAAGUACUGCUCAGUUUCUGUUGCCAUCUAUUUAUGCUGCACACCAAAUAAAUCUUGGCUUUGUUUGGAUGCUUAUGUAUAUCAAGCCAAUUAAGGUCACAAGGACGCAAUAAUUGUAUCAUUUUUGUUGUUGGCUUCACUUUAGUUUGUACCAACAAGUGUCCGUCUGCCCUUUUCAGCCAUGCCAGCCUUAAAGGGACAUGAACCCCAAAACAUUUAUUUCAUGAUUCAGAUAGAACAUACAAAUUUAAACAACUUUCCAAUUUAGUUCUAUUAGCUUAUUGGCUUCAAUCUCUUGGUAUCCUUUGUUUAAAAGGAUACCUAGGUAGGCUUAAUAGCUGGGAGUUUGGUCCUUCUUGGUGGUUGUACAGCUCCCAGUAAAGAAUACCAUUGUUUCCUUCUUAGCUGAUGAGAGUCCAUAGCUUCAUAACAUGUGGGAUAUAUUCCAGCCUAUCAGGAGGAGGUCAAUUGCCCUCAAAGAGCUUUAGCCCCUCCUACCUCCUCUCAAGUUUAUUAGCCUCUGAGGAGAGAGGUUAUAGAUUUCAGAGGUGCUGUACUCUCAAAAAUGUAUUAUUUUAUUCAUAUGAUUUGUGGGCUCAGACCUGACUUGGGACCCAGUACCCCUAGGUAACUUAAUAAGAGAAUUAAGCAAAAUUGAUAAUAGAAGUAUAUUGGAAAGUUGUUUAAAAUUGCAUGCUCUAUCUAAAUCGUGAAAGAACAUUUUUGGAUUUCGUGUCCCUUUAAGGUGUAACAUACCUUUUUAUUUAUUAUAUAUUUUUCCAUCUCUGUAUGUGAAGGAGGAAUUUAACUUCUGCCCUUUGCAUUCUCGAUUGCUACGCUUUUGUAAAGUAAAAUAAUCAGAUGGUUUGCCCAUGCCUACGAAUUAAUUUAUACAUAGUUAAAGCAACCUAUACUGUACAGACUUCAUUAUGCCCGAUUUCUUUGUAUCCUGGUAUAGAUGCUAUAUCCUGGUUGUGAGUACUGUUGGUAUUCUAAAAAAUAAAACACAUUUUGCCAACUCAUUUGGGUAAUGUCAAUUUUAAGAAAUAAUUAUUGCAGAAAUGUGUUAAUAUUGUAGGACACACCGUUAAGUAAUAAUUAUUACAGAACCCUGUUUGUAAAUUAUUUUGAAUGGAAGAUUAAAGAAAUGACACAAUUUAAA